CGGGUUAUUAGCAAAAGAUGGUGGAUCGCCUGGCAAACAGUGAAGCAAAUACUAGACGCAUAAGUAUCUUGGAGAAUUGUUUUGGAGCAGCUGGUCAGCCCUUGACCAUCCCUGGACGGGUGCUUAUUGGAGAAGGAGUAUUGACUAAGCUGUGCAGAAAGAAGCCUAAAGCAAGGCAGUUUUUCCUUUUUAAUGAUAUUCUGGUAUAUGGCAAUAUUGUUAUCCAGAAGAAAAAAUAUAAUAAACAGCAUAUUAUUCCCUUGGAAAAUGUCACCAUUGAUUCCAUCAAAGAUGAAGGGGAAUUACGGAAUGGAUGGCUUAUUAAGACACCGACUAAAUCAUUUGCAGUUUAUGAUGCCACUGCCACUGAGAAGUCAGAGUGGAUAAAUCACAUUAAUAAGUGUGUCACUGAUUUGCUCUCCAAAAGUGGGAAGACGCCUAGUAAUGAACAUGCUGAUGUCUGGGUCCCUGACUCCGAGGCCACCGUGUGUAUGUGCUGUCAGAAGGCAAAGUUUACACCAUUCAAUCGGCGGCACCAUUGCCCCAAAUGUGGUUUUGUUGUUUGUGGUCCCUGCUCGGGAAAGAGGUUUCUACUUCCCAGCCAGUCUUCUAAGCCUGUGCGCAUUUGUGACUUCUGCUAUGACCUGCUUUCCACUGCAGACAUGGCUGCCUGCCAGCCGGCCAGAUCAGACUCUUACAGUCAGUCGUUGAAGUCUCCUUUAAAUGACGUGUCUGAUGAUGACGACGACGAUGAUAGCAGUAACUGA